UCAUGUAAUGUGCAAGUUGACAGCAAACUGCAAAUCGUAAACAUAUCUCUUACUAUCGCCGUGUAUGCACCUCACCGUGCUUCGAUAAGUCCAAGGCUCUUCCAGCGUGCAGCGGCGCGCGACCCGCGGCUGCGCGGGCGCACCGGCCGCCAUUCGACAACCACUCGCCGACUCGCGCGCAACAUGACGCGGCUCUCCCUGCUUUUGCACAUUGCGUUGCUGCUCGGAGCAGCAUGCGCGGCGCCCGCGCCCGCGCCGGCGCCAGGCCGAGUGCCGAAGGUGUACAACGCGCUCAUCACGUCCAACCAGAACCUGGAACCCAGCAAGGCCUACCCGGUAUACCAGCCUGUGCUGCACGACCCUUUCGGUUUCCCAUACUCGCCCUUCGUGUAUGGGGACUAUCCUAUCAGUAAUGGUCUAAUACCGGUUCCUCCGCCAUCUCCCAAGGGACAACCGGCACCUGCUCCUCCCGCCCCAUCACCAGAGUCACCGCCCACGCCUUCAGAAGCCCCGCCCGAGGACAAGUCCCCCUCCAGCGAAGUCCCGCCACCGGCGCCUGAACCGCAGCCCGAAUCCGACACUAACAAACCCACAACAGCGUCACCGCUGCCUCCGAACACGGAGUCCCCCAUACCGCUAAACGAAUUCGGCUUACCAUCCCAAGUUUUGCCACUGGGACGUAUAAAUCCAGCUUACAAUGGAUUCACACAAGUCGGCCCAUUCACCUACCCCUACGCGUACUCUGGCUUCAGAUUCUACGACCCGUAUGAUCCGUUUAGCUUCAAUCCGUACGCGAAUUUGCCACCUUUGUAUAGACCUUUGGCCAAUACGUUGGUGCCGCAAGGUCCUGCGCUGGUCCCCGCGAGGGCUGCACCUGUAGCACCCGCUCCUGCGCAAAGUGCAGACGCGCCUCCUUCAGAGCCGAGUGACCUGAAUCUCCUCAAUUACGCGUCGAAGGACCCCGCCAUACCUAAUGUACCUCCGCCUCCACUACCAAGCGGUGGACUAAAAACUGAUAAGACAGAAUAAUUGGGAGAUGCAGACUUGAUGGACAUAAUGGAUUUUUGAUCCUAAAUCAGUAACCUUCCUAGACGUAACAAAAAUGUGAACAGUUGUACCCCACGCGUAGGAAAGCAGAAUCGGAUCAAACCAUGCAACUCAACUUCAGACUUUGAAUUGAUUCCCUAUUUGUAGAAAUGUUAAAUAUACGUAGGUAUACCUAGCAAAAUAAUUUGGUUAACUUGUAUCGAUGGUUCGACACCUUUGCAAACAUUAUUUGUCUUUUCAAAAGGACUUAUUUCUAAGUCUAUAAGUCAACAGAGGUUAUUUUUAUCUAUGUCUUCCUAGACAUAUAACCCUUGUUGACUUAUAGAAAUAAGUCCUUUUGAAAAGACACUCCUCAUUUAAUAUGAGUUCAAGUGUCAUAUUUCUAAAUACUUAAUAAUAACAAUGACAAUGUCGGUGCUAAGUUAGCUUGAUUCGGUUUUGCAAAUAAUUUGUAUUCUGAGGCGCAAAUUUUUUUGAUUGUCAUUCCAAAACAUUCAUACUAUUUCAGUAAACAAUAAUUAUUAGGAAAACACCUAUACUCUGCAGAGUUUCGUUUAAUUGAUGGGUGUGAUAUUGAGAUUAAGUAUUAUAUUUAGGUUUAGGUAUUUAGUUAAGUAUAACUUUUGCAACACCGUGCCACACCCGCGCCUAUAUGCCUGGAAACCUGGGCCAGAUUACCAAUUCAUCGUUUGUAGAAAACGAAACGAAAUACUAAUCUUGAUUAAAGGGGACGACCGUCCCAAGACCACUUACGAAAAAUCAAACGUAGGUUGGCGUAUGAUUAAAAUACAUCAACUUAAAUAAAAAUACUUUCAUAGCGUCAAUGUCUUGGAAGAGACAUGAGGACUACGUUUUUAAAGAGAAUCCAUCGUACCGUAUCUCUAGUAUUAGAAUAUACCAUCUUCUAUUUUCGUUCGCCACACAGACUAUUAGAAUUGACAUUUUCAUUUCAUUUACUACAAACGAUGGUCAAUAUGAUACAAGUAUAAUCCUUGUGAUGAUGAUGACAGUAAAAUCGAUUUUUACUAAAUAUUGAUGAGGCAUGACAAAGUUCCUGGUGAUAUUUUUUGUGUUUAUAUAAUUUUUAAUGUUUGUACAAGUGUUAUUGAUAUCAAUAUUUGUCAUUUACAUACAAUUACCUAUUAUAUAUUAUAUUUAGAAAAAUAUAACGAAUUGAAAU